ACGUUGCUCGAGAGUGGAAAACAUUACUGGACUGAAAAAUCGUUUUUAACCCGUGAAAAGCGUCCCGGACCGGGACAAAAACAUCCACCAUGGAAGGUUCGGGUGAUAUGCUGACGAUCAACAACUUCUUCGAAAACGACAUGCUGGAUGGAAGCAGUGGUUUAGAAUUCCCCGAUUUAGAUUUCAUUUACGCGGAUGCCGACUCACAUGCGAACGAGAUUGCGGAGCUGUACAGCUACACCGAGCAGGCCGAAUUCCAGCACAAUGUGAAGGCAUUUGAAGAUCAGAUGGAAUACUACAAACUGCCGCCAAGUUGGCAGAAGCUGUCGGAAACGGAACAGCAGGGCAUAAUUCUCAAGCUGCUGAACCAGUUGGACAUGUCCAAGAAGAGUCUAAGGAUGAAGGCCGCUCGUUGUAUUCUGUACCUUGCGCAGGGAUGCUGGGCGGAAGUGCAGUGCGAUCAAGAGCAGCAGGUUAUAGCACGAAAGAACGUCAUGCUGCUGUACGAUGCGGGUGUUUUCGGAGCAUUUGUCGAACUGCUGAAUUUGGAAAUUGACAAUUCGUCGACCGCUAGCAUUGCCAUCCGGAAGGUUGCUGUCUCGUUGGCGGAUUCGGUAGAUUUGAGAGUAAUUCUGUCGGUGUUGUAUAUUAUUACCGAAGUCAUGCGAGCAGAUAUAGAAACCGGUAAUGAGGAAUACGCUCACCUAGUGGCCAACUUUACCAAUGAGAUCACGCAUCCCAUUGGAGAUGAGCUACUCUCGGUGAAACUGCUCGGCAUGAUCACAAAGUUUUGCAGCGGUUUGGCACCGCACUUUCCAAUGAAGAAAGUUCUAUUGCUUCUCUGGAAGGUGUCCCUUGUUUCACUGGGUGGAAUGGAAACAUUAAAAGAAUUGAAAGACAAAUACCGCGCAGAAGCCGGUCUCCCCCAGAACAAGGAGGACACCCUCGAAAUCUCCAAGAUCAUGCGUGCCAGCUCGCCACCGAUAACGGCACCCUCGAACGAGGACAAUCAAAAUCCCAAGCGGAGCAAGCCGUUGCGAAGAGUAUGUACGAACACUACUAGUCAGUUGCAAGAGAGUCUCAUCAAACAAAGUUCCCUCGAUGAGCAAGAGCAACUUGGUCUGGAAAUGGAAACACCCUCGACCGAGAACGAGGAAGAGCUGUCGGAGUACUUCCGACAGUACGAGGAUCCGGUUAAUGGUGCCAAUGCGCCCAACCCUGAUGCUCCCGGUGCUGAAGAUGAAACUACGCCGCCUGCGGAAAGUAAUGACGCCCCGGAGCAACUGACCAAUAAACUACCAUGGGCGCCGAAAAUUCGGCGAAAAGAUAUCGAAAUCUUUCUGAACACGUCCCGGAGCAAAUUUAUAGGGUACAUACUGAAGGAUGACCACAAUACGUUGGCUGGACUGCCGCAACCCAUCAAGGAGGGAUUUUUUACACUGAAGAAGCACAUGUACGUCAGUCUUGCGGAUGUACAAAUCAAAAAAGAGGAAGAAAUAACCCGUAAUCCGAUUUCCACCUCGGAAGGCGAAAUCCCGCAAACGCCAACCGAAAUACUAUACCAAGCAAUACUCCCGAAUCUUCCACAGUACAUGAUUUCGUUGCUCAAGAUACUGCUAGCAGCGGCACCGACUUCGAAGUCCAAAACCGAAAGUAUCAACAUCAUGGCCGAUGUACUGCCGGAGGAUAUGCCAAUGACCGUAACCCAAUCCACCAAGCUGGGCAUCGACGUCAGUCGACACAAGGAGAUCACCGUCAAAGCCGUUUCCGCCAUACUGCUACUCUAUUUGAAGCAUUUCAAGAUCAAUCACAUUUACCAGUUCGAAUUUAUGUCUCAACACUUGGUAUUUGCCAACUGCAUACCCCUGGUGUUGAAAUUCUUCAACCAGAACAUCAUGAGCUACGUUGGUUCCAAGAACGUUAUUCCCAUCAUGGACUUCCCAUCGUGCGUGAUCGGCGAACAACCGGAGCUUACCUCGGAAUCGUUAAUCAUCGGAGAUUCCGCUCCGUAUUCUUGGCGUAACGUAUUCUCCUGCAUCAAUCUACUGCGCAUUUUAAACAAGCUAACCAAGUGGAAGCACUCCCGCAUUAUGAUGCUGGUGGUAUUCAAGUCAUCGCCGAUCCUCAAACGAACGCUCAAGGUUCGUCAUGCUCUGAUGCAGCUGUACGUCCUAAAGCUGCUCAAAAUGCAAACCAAAUAUCUGGGACGGCAGUGGCGCAAGUCUAAUAUGAAAACCAUCAGCGCAAUAUACGCCAAAGUGAGACACCGGUUGAACGACGAUUGGGCGUUCGGAAACGACCUGGAUGCCCGACCGUGGGAUUUCCAAGCGGAGGAAUGUGCUCUGAGGAAUUGCGUAGAUCGGUUCAACAAUCGGCGUUAUCUGCAGAUGAACGCUCCCGAUCUAAUUGCGAGAGAAUUCGAUGAUCCCAUUGAGGGCGAUAUGGUCAAUGGGGGUAAUAAUGGAACUAACGGGACAAACGGACGAAAACCGGAAGAGAUUGAGCUGAGCGAGGAGUUCAAGCAAAAUUACGAACUGUGGCUGCAGCAAGAGGUGUACAAUAACAAUAUAGAUUGGGACUUGUUGCUGUCGAGUGAGGAUUUAUCGUAGGUUUGUAUGUUCUUUAAUUUAUGUUUUGCGAGCAAAAUUUAUACGUGUAUGAAGUUAUAUUUAUGACACAACAUUAAUUAUAAAGUGACAACCGAAUAAAGCUGAGCCGGUACAUUAAUAAACGAACUU